AUGUUUGAUCAAAUUCAGGAUUUUGGCCCAUUCUACUCGUUCUGGGCAUUCUUGACAGAGAGACUCAACAAAACGCUCAAGAAUCUCAACAGUAACAACUGGACUGGUGGCAGACUUGAAGUCUCAAUGAUGCGAGAGUUCCAACGGGGUGUUCAACUUGAAACAGCUAUGAAGAGAUCAAUUCAAUCUACAGACUCUGCUCUUGAAGAAGAGUUCAUCCAAAUUUUGUUGGGAAAUAUGACAACUGGCCCACUUGGAACCAUCCAAGAUGCCUCUCAGGCUGCCUCUACAAAGGUCCGUGCUGGGCCAGUCAGAAAGUCUGCCCAAGCUGUGGAUAGUGGAUUGAAGCAAGCACUCCUCCGGUUAUAUAACAAGGAGCAACCCCAAGUACAUCUAGGCGCACAUGACAUGGAAGGCACGGAAACUCUCCACACUUUCAUCCAGACUUAUCAGCAUGCCUUCCUCUCUGGUCGAAAGAUCAUUCCUUCCUCAUUACAUGGCCGUCCAACAGGAUCCUCUCUGAUUCAGGUCUAUUUUGACAAUGUUCCGCAUGCAGGGGAGGUGCUAUACUUGUUCAGCCACUGGCAGCCAGGUGUGAACACCAAGCAUGAUAUGUUAUAUGCAGCUGUCCGUUGGAUGGUACCAUCGAAGUACAGUCCACUUGAUAACACUGGCCUGUGGGAUCACUUCCCCGAGUUGGGGGUAGAGACUUGGGAACUUGGUGCUUUUGUCAAUCCAACAGAUAAUUUCCCACCGGCGAUUAUUCCAAUGUCCGAUAUUCAUUGCCAGGUUGCUCGCCGUAUUGCCCAACAUACAGAUCCUCCGAUGUGGAUCACAACUACAAUUGAUCGUGUAUGUGACACACAGCUGCUGUCAGCACUAAUUGACACUCUCUAG